CCCACAAAAACAUCCCAUCAUUGCACAAUCUCUCCCUCUCACCUCACACUACCCUCGUGCACUGGGAUUAGACAACACAUCUCUCAGUGUUUACAUUCUUCUGAAUUUCUGCGGUACAUAACUCUGUAUAACCUAAAGAUAAGCCCAUCUGAGGGGUUUUCAGGAUUGUGUAAAGAUGGCUGUGUUUCUGCUCCUCGUCCUGGUCAGCGCUGGAGUGUUUCUGGACACGUCGGAGGCGCAGGAGGAUCUCAACAAACUUCCAGAUAAUUACAGGAAAGGCGUUGAACUGGCUGUGGAACAAAUCAACUCACACCAGACAAUCAGGAACGUUUUUCUUUUCUUCAAGAGUUUGGACAAAUCUGACAUUGAUGGUGGGUUUGGAGUGAGUUAUAUCUACCAUCACUUCUACCUCAAAGCCACCAAAUGCCCUAAAGGAACUGCAAAACCGACUAAAUGUGCUUUCAGAAAUGACAGACCUCUGAUUGACUGUGGGAUCUGCUAUAAGACCUUCGGUGGAGAGAUCCAGAGUGAACCGAAGCCUUACGUGCACUGUGUUCACAAACCGCAGCUCACACAGGAAUUGUUGAAUACGAGAGUUGAACACUGCACAAAAGAGAGCUACUCUAAUGGAUCUCCAUCUCUCCUGGCAGCGAGGAAGCCUUAGAGGAGGAAACAUAUCACACAUCUUUAAUAUCACUUUUUGUUAUUAAUUUUACAAAUUCAGUAAUCGCCAUCAGUCACACUACAGAGCAACUUUGCACUUUUUAUUAUAAUGAGAAAUAGACAACAUUCUUCACUUCUCUGUGUCAGUGGAAAUGAUGAAUGAUGCUGUUUGUUUCAUUUAAUCAUAAAAAAACAUAAAAUUAUUAAA